GUCUCUAUCUCCCAUGGUCUAUUAUGGUCAAUUAUGGCCUAUUUGAUGCUUUUACUCUGAAAGGGAAGUGUAGACGUGACUGCUGGUUCUCAAGAAAAAAAAAACAAAAAACAAUCGUCAUCUGGAAAGACGUGCAGCUACCACCAACAGCCUGGUAGUGAACUGUACUGCACACAACCUGUAGGUGUGAUGGGACUCUUUGUGGUCUGUUUGGUGAUAGCAUUCCUCCAGCACAGUCACAGUGUGGAAACACAAGCCUCCCUGUAUGGGUCCAAAAGGGUUUUGGAAAAUGCCUUAAAUCCCAGUGACUGUGUGUCCAGAGUCAAGCCGCCACAGCUCUUCAACUCUCAGAAUUUCACUGUAGAUCUUCGAAUGCCUGGGGUUUUACCAACAAAGUCGGACACUUACCUUUGCAUGGCAUUCCCUGUGCCAACUAGUCGGGAUUCAUAUAUUGUGGACUUCCUACCUCAUGCCAGUAUGGACACAGUUCACCACAUGUUGCUUUUUGGCUGCCAGACUCCUGUCUCCACCAGCAGCUACUGGGACUGUGGUAGUGUACAAGGUACCUGUGAAGAUGAAUCUUCUAUUAUGUACGCCUGGGCUCGAAAUGCUCCACCAACAAAAUUACCUAACGAUGUUGGAUUUAAAGUGGGGAGAAAUUCAAGAAUGUCCUUCUUUGUGCUGCAGAUACAUUAUGGAGAUGUCAAUGCCUUCAGAGACCAUCACAGAGAUUGCUCUGGACUAACUUUAAGAAUGACAUUAAAACCGCAGCCAUUCAUUGCGGGAAUAUACCUGCUAAUGUCUGUGGACACGGUUAUCCUUCCAGGAAAAAAAGUUACAAAUGCAGAUGUUGCCUGUGAUUAUGAUUCCUAUCCAAUCUACCCGUUUGCCUUCAGGACCCACACACACCGGCUUGGUAAGGUGGUUAGUGGUUACAGAAUUCGUAAUGGGAAAUGGAGUCUGAUUGGGAGACAGUCCCCUCAGUUACCACAGGCUUUCUAUCCUGCUAACAAGGAGGUCACUGUGAGGUAUGGUGACACCAUGGCUGCCAGAUGUGUUUUUACUGGAGAGGGCCGAACCUCCAAAACAUACAUUGGGGGUACUUCAAAUGAUGAAAUGUGCAACUUCUAUAUGAUGUAUUACAUGGAGAGCAAACAUGCUAUACCCUUCAUGAGCUGCAUGGAGCCGGGCUCCAAAGAACUCUUUCGACAUAUUCCAGACGAGGCAAAUGUUCCCAUUGCCGUUAGUCCAGGUCACAUGCACUCCAUGAUGCCAGUGGAAAACACUGCAGAUGACCAACACCUCUUGAAAACCACCAAAGCAGAGCCGGGUUUGGAUCUUGAUUAUCAUUUGGAGCAGGUGUCAACAUGGCCACAGAGUUCUCUUCAGCUGGGCCAGGUCUCAGGACUCGCCCUGGACUCUGAUUCCAACCUGGUCAUUUUUCACAGAGGUGACCACCGCUGGGGCACAGAUUCUUUCAACAGCCAGGCUAGAUACCAGCAGAGGUCACUGGGGCCCAUUCAGCAGUCCACUAUUUUGGUUGUGGACCCGGCCAAUGGCAGAAUCCUGAAGGCUUCUGGGCGAAACAUGUUUUACUUGCCUCAUGGAAUAACUGCAGACAAGGAUAAUAAUUACUGGGUGACUGAUGUGGCUCUGCAUCAGGUGUUAAAGGUGAGCAGUGAUGGCAGAGACAGAACCCUGCUGGCCCUGGGAGACGCUUUCACACCCGGUAGUGACAUCAACCACUUCUGCCAACCAACCGAUGUGGCUGUUGACCCUGAAAGUGGAAACAUCUUUGUGUCUGAUGGCUACUGUAAUGCCAGGAUACUGAAGUUUUCAGCUGAUGGAACAUACUUGUCUCAGUGGGGUGCAGGUUCAUCGGACAGAAGGAGGCGCACACCGUUUCGGACCCCCCACAGCUUGGUGCUCCUUCCUGACCGAAAGGAGGUUUGUGUUGCUGACAGGGAAAAUGGACGUAUCCAGUGCUUCAUAGCUGAAACUGGGGAGUUUGUCAAAGAAAUAAAGAAUGAAGAGUUUGGAGGAGAAGUGUUUGCUAUCACUUACAGUCCUGCUGGAGAUGGGCUGAUCUUUGCAGUAAAUGGGAACUUACCCUACCACUCUGCUCCACUCAGAGGGUUUGUUCUAGAUUAUUCAACCAAACAAAUCUUGGAUUCUUUCAGCCCCACCCAGAAGGAGUUUAAAAUGCCUCACGACAUUAUUGUCAGUAAGGAUGGAAGUGUUUUUGUUGGGGACGUAGGCAGCAAGGCAGUCUAUAAGUUUACUGCUGAAAAGUUGCACCGUUCUGUCAAGAAAGCUGGAAUUGAGGUCCAGGAGCUUGAAGAAGUGGAGGCAUUUGUCCAAGCCAAGCUGAAGCCACCUCCCAACAUUUUAAAGACAGCAGCUAUCAAAGAGAAGCAAACUGUGGCUGACAAAACCCCUCCAGCGGUGGAAGCGGAACCGAGGACCAGCACCCCAAAGUCAAACAAAGUGGAGAGUGUCCUUCCUGCCAUCGUUGUUUCACUGCUUCUCAUCCUUCUGCUGGUCAUCGUCUUCAUCGGAGUCUUCAUGUGCUGGAGAAAAAACAAGAGAAAUGAGAUGAAAAUAGAGCCGCGCUCUGUUGGAGGAGUCUUGGGGAAAAUACGAGGUAAAGCAGUGGGUACCCUGAACCUGGGGAAAUUCUUUGCCUCUCACAAAGGCUACAGUCGUCAGGGUUUUGAUCAGCUGAGCACCGAAGGUAGCGACCAGGAGAGGAAUGUGGAGGACAGCAGCGACUCUGACACAGAGGAGUACUCUGCUCCUCCUCCUCGUCCUCCUCCUCCUAAGUCGUCCUCUUCCUAAGUCCUCCUCCUAGGCAGCCCAGAGCCAGCUGCCUCUCUCAGCUUACAUUUCUUACAUGUGCUAAUCCACUGUUUUUGUAACUUGUGUCAGCUGCCAAUAAUGCUAUUUAAUGUAAAUAUUUAAAUGUGUUCUUGUACAUAGAAUUAAUUUUAUUGUCAUCUUGAUAAAGUCUUGGUGACAAAAUUAUAUUUAUAUUUUUCUUUUAUAGAAAUUGCCUUUAUGGAAACUAUUAGCACAGUCCCCCAAACAAACGUCCACUAAUAUCAGGUUUAGCCUUAAAAGUUAAAGGAAAUCUGCGAAUGCAUUAAUAUAUAGAAGAUUUUUCAUGGAGUUUUUAUUAUUUAUUUAUAUUCUAUUUGAUUUAGUUGUCAAUUUUAAGUGAUUUCAAUAAAAAUCCAUCUGUGACUGUAGGGCCAACACUAAAGCUAGGUGGGGCUACUGUCGGCCAUAUUGUCACUGUCUGGCUACCGUGCAGCUGCUGUCACAGAUGUUGUAACGUUGCCGAUGUUGUUGGCUUGAAUUAAAUCCUACAUUCCUUUAGUGUGUGAGAAAGAAAUGAAGCAGACCUUUGGAGGAGAAUACUGUUUUUUAUGUUUCUUAUGACAUUUGAGCAUUAUUAUUGUAUUUGGUUGAUUAUCAUGUCACCUGUGCCUUUUUUCAUCUGCAUCUUUGUUUUCCUAAAGGAAAAUAGCCCAGAUCUUAGCAUGGCUAACUAUUUAACACGUGGGAAGUAGCCUACAUGCUACUGUAGCUUUUUGGUUGUUGUCAAAGGCAUGUCUGAACUCGUGGUCAUGUUUUUUUUUCAUUACACUGGCUUCAUCAGUGGGUCAGUGAGUUUAUAUUACAUUUGUCCACAACUGUAUUCCGGACAGCAUAGAAACAUAGAUAGUUUAUUUUCUAUUUAAUCACUAUUUAGGCAUAUUAAAGCAGAAUUAAGGCAAAUAAUUUAGUAAACUGCAUCUAAAAACAAAAAAAAAGGUUGACUUUAUCUGUUCAGUAACUUUUGGUUUGUCGGGAUUUAUGCUAUUAGAUCAGUCUUUAAGUUGUCAUUUUUUAAAUUGUAUCCAAUAUUUUCUGCUGCUGCUCAUAGUUUGCUAUGAAGUUUGAAAGGCUUUCUGAACCGCAUGCCAUAGAUAUUUAGCUAUGCUGUCACAUGUGGCCUACUUAUAUUUGUUGUAACAUUGGUUAAAGUACAAGAGUACUAUUUUCAGCAACUAUUGUAUUUGUGUAAUAAAGUAUCUGCAAAGCA